GCAUGGCUCUACCCAGACACAGUCGGGUCAACUGUGAAAGCCUGGGAUCGGGUGAUGUUGCAGCCUCUGCUCUCUAGGCAUCACGUACACCGUCCUGUCCUGUUGGGAUUGUUGUACAAUUGGAAUGUUGCACCGCUGGUUUUCAUACAGGCUACACGAUGGCAAACCAUAAAGACUCGUGUCAACGCGCAGCCUCUUUCUUUAUCUAUAUUGUUCCCGUUUGUGCGACUGGAAACAUCGUUGGUUAACAGGUCUGCGACCGAGGAGCGUCCGGUUAUUUUGCUUUAUUAUCUCCAGUGUGCCGGGAGCUGUGCGUUGUCUGGAGGACAUUUGCGCGCACCACUGAGAUUUAUAUUAGGGGACUCCUCUCUGAGAAACGAUUGUCUUUUGGCUGUUCUGUGUUGUGAUGCAGCAGAGUGCCGUGUUCUCGCUCAGUCUGCUCCAACAGGACCAGUUUGCUUGAGGCUGCUCAUCAGGCAGCAGGUGUGUGACAUGUGGACCACGGAAGUCUCCCAGUGACAGCUGGUGAAGGUGGUCGCUCCGCACAUUACAGGUGAGAGAAGUGACAGUCAGGGACUCGGGAUGCUCGGCCAGUCUCCUCGCCUAAGCCAAGGUGUGUUGUGGAUCCAGAAUCCAAAGACAGCUGUUCUGAGCCAGAAUGGCAUUGACCACCAGAUGUGCCCAGAGGAUGUGACAUCACAGCUGGAGGAAGAGGAGGAGUCUGUGGACGGGGGUGUUGUGCUGCUGGAUGACGACAGCCCCAGUUACCAGGAUGUCAGCCCCCCAGUGUACCAGCGCCGUUCCCCACCGCAUCGCUCUGUCUCUGAGUCUGAGCUGACACGGCCAGGGUAUGUGAAGCUGUCCAAGCCAGUUGCCCUAUGGACCCAACAGGACGUGUGCAAAUGGCUAAAAAAGCACUGCCCCAAUCAGCACCAGAUUUACAGCGACUCCUUCAAGCAACACGACAUCACAGGGCGGGCUCUGAUGAGACUGACAGAUAGAAAGCUGGAAAGAAUGGGUAUCAUGCAUGAUGCCCAGAGGCAGCACAUUCUGCAGCAGGUCCUGCAGCUUCGUGUGCGGGAGGAAGUCAGGACUCUUCAACUUCUCACACAAGCCUCUCUGGAGUGCGCUCCGUCUUCACCAUAGCCUGAUGGAGCAGGACUACCCAGUCACAAAAGGACAGAAAUGCCCACCAUCUCACCAACAUCCACCCACUAUGUGAUCCCCCAGACUUCUUCCUGGACCAAUUUCAGCUCCAUCUAACUUCUUUGGUCUCCGUGUUCGACUCCUCCAAAGGCUGAUCUGUAAAAAACAAACCCGUGCCUCCUUCGCAGCCACUCCUGAGAAGCUCCCACAAGUUCUGACUCGCCGUGUCUUCACAGUCCAAACAAUUUCUCACAGCAUCCUGGAGUCUGACCGAUAGUUUCCAUCUCCAGUCACUUCUGACCUCUACAGCCAAUUCCCCACCAGACCUGCAACUCCUACACCUCUCUCAGAGAUCCCAUCCCUCCCUCUUUUCAAGAACCACACUGACAGCCAACCCCCCUUCCCUCAGCAGCCACUGACCUAGAUGUCAAGAUUGGCUUCACUGGGUUUCCUAAAAGCAUUUAAAUAUAAAGAUACCAUUGCCGUGAGGUUGGCCAGUAGUUUUCUGUGUGGGCUAUUUUGCUUUUAGGAAAGUUAACCCCAAAAUAGUACUAGUACAGUAAGAAGUGACACCCACGAUAUAACUCCACUGUCACUAAACACAGUCUCAUGGUCUGGUUGUGGCAUGUUAGCUCCAUCGCCGUGUAUUUUCUCCAGUGAGUAUUCUUGUGGUGCACUGCUGAGCCUGGUUCUGCCACUAAGACCUAUCAGUAGUGGCAGAAAAA